UGUUUUGUUUUCUACAUACGUCUAUCCAUCAUGGCGAUGCAUGCGAAGGCGACUCCACCACAGAUCCCGGAUACCCGCCGGGAGCUAGCGGACCUGGUAAAAAGGAAACAAGAAUUAGCUGAGACGCUAGUGAACUUGGAAAGACAAAUAUAUGCAUUCGAGGGCAGCUACCUAGAAGACACUCAGAUGUAUGGCAACAUCAUCAGAGGAUGGGAUCGAUACCUCACCAACCAAAAAAACUCUAACAGCAAAACUGAUAGAAGAAAUAGGAAAUUCAAGGAAGCAGAGCGGUUAUUCAGCAAAUCAUCAGUCACAUCAGUUGCUGCCGUAUGUGCACUCGGCGGAAUUCCUGAUCAUAUGAAUGAAAAGCGUGAGGCCGGGAGCGGCACAGAAAGUGACACCUCUCCAGAUCUCCAGAACCAAGAGAACGAGCCAAGCCAGGAGGACACGGAGGACGUGGACUCCACGCUACAGGACCUGAAGCCUCAGAAGGCGGCCUCCUCUUCAUCCUCGAGCAGCCACCACGGGAGCCACAAGAAGAGGAAGAACAAAAACAGACACAGCCCUUCUGCCAUGUUUGAUUAUGACUUUGAGUUUGACAUGAAAGUUAACAAGAAACCAAGAGCUGAUUAUUCAACUUAAAGAUGACUGGAAGACCUUGACACACACGAGGAGAGAACAUGUUAAAAAAAAAACACGAUCUCUGGACUUUGUGAACUUUGUAUGCCUUUUUGUUUGGUUGUCAUAUUUCAGCCUGUACUACGUGUAUUGCUUGAAACAUUCCCCCUGCCUCCUACCUUCGGUCAUGCUUACGGUUUUGUCCUCCAGAUAAAAGUAGAUGUCAUUGCAUGUUACUUGAGGGGCCAUCUCCAGUAACAUACCAUCUUGUAUAGUGUUAAAAAAAAAGAAAAAAAGACUGUAUUUAUUAUGUAGCUAAUUUCCACGUUUCCCAGUAUAAGAAAGGUUUGCGUUUUGUUUUUGUUUUUUUUGUUUUUUUUUUUAAACAUCACAUCGUUGUAUAUCCCCUGGAUUCUUUUAUUACAUGGUUCGUUUUGCAAGAAAAGAAUAAAAUACCAUUAUCGACAA